AAAUUUGUAAAUACACCACACAGUGUGGACAAGGAUACGGUACGCAAGGAGAUCGACACCAUGUCUGCUCUCAGGCAUCCGAAACUGAUUAAUUUGCACGACGCUUUUGAUGACGAUCAAGAAAUGGUCAUGAUUUAUGAAUUCAUGUCGGGAGGUGAAUUAUUUGAAAAAGUUUCUGAUGAGAAGAAUCGGAUGUCGGAGGAAGAGGCAGUUGCUUAUAUGCGACAAGUCUGUGAAGCACUGCGCCAUAUGCACGAGAUGAAUUAUGUGCAUCUGGAUUUGAAGCCUGAAAAUAUCAUGUUUACAACAAAAAGGAGCGAUCAGUUGAAAUUGAUCGACUUUGGCUUAACAGCAAAACUAGACCCGAAGGAAAUCGUAAAGGUUACAACCGGUACUGCCGAAUUUGCGGCACCGGAAGUCGCUGCAAAUGAGCCGGUUGGCUUCUUUACAGAUAUGUGGAGCGUCGGUGUUCUCACGUAUAUCCUGUAA